AAUCCCCUACAAUGAAAUCCUUUAUGGUCCCUUCUGAGAUGAGCCUAUUGAAUCAAAGACAACUCUUUGUAAGUUUACGGGAACACACCCGGAGGGAUGCUUAUACGUCCAUAAUUGAAGAGCCACGUCCUAAAUUGAAGAUAUAAGAAAGAAAAAGGCCAAGAGACGUCAGUAGGAGAUGCGUAAAACAGAUGUCGAUGGUGGAAUUUAAUCAAUAGCAGGCGACACCGAGAACAUGUGCAGGAUUUUACACGUUUCAAUAAGACGCGCGGGCCCGGAUUGAUUUUCUAAUGGAAAUCCUUCCUUACCAUUUCCAGAAUAAAAUAGCUUUUAUGUUAACGUGACACUACACCACCUGCCACGAAAUGUGGCCCCGUGGAUGUCUUUGUUGGCCUCCAAAUGGAAUCAUCGCCACAAGUGUGUGACUCACGAGACCCCGACGUUAUGCGCUAUAUCGAUAUGGAGUGCGUAUAUAACAAGCGGCGACGCACGCCCAGGCAGUCGUCCCGUGACUAUAACCGCCUCUGAUGGGGACCCAACGUCGUCUCUCAUCGAGUCCACUCUGACGCGUGAAGGGCACACGAGGGCCCGUCCGGUGGCGGCGAUGGUGCGCGAGUGAGGCAGGGUGCUCGCUGAAGGUGCCACACGGACACACGCCCAGGGGCGUCGACGAUUAACAAUAAAAAAAGGAAGUUGGGUGGUCAUGACUCCCGCGUGCUCCCUCGCCGCGCUGCUCGCCGUCUGCGUGUUCGGAGGAGGAGCCGUAGCCGCCCGGACGGAUCGUUACGGCGCGAGCCCAGAUUCCAAUCACGCGCGCCGUGCGAGAUCCUCGGAGGAGAUCGUCACCGGGGAUUUGCGCGCCUCUCCCUUGCGCCUCUUCGGCGCCGUGUGCCGGCACGCGGCGGAGACGCCGAGGCUGCUGCGCCUGCGUGCCCUGCGCGGGGGACACGACCUUGACGCCGGCCUCACCGACGGCGAGGCGCUGCCCCGCAGCGCCGAACAAGACGUCACCGAGUUCAACUACAACCCCUUCGGCCUGCGCUUCGGCCGGCGUAGCGGGGCGCAGUCGUCCACGGCGGCCACGCGGAGCCGCGCCGAGGCGGCGUGCGCGCCAGGCAAGCGCGGCUGUCGGCUCGUCAUCUCCAAAUUCAAGCUGCGGUUUUGAUGGUGGUUGUGGUGGUGUCGGCGGCGGCGGCGGCGAUGAUGAUUGAUGAUGAGUGAGCGGCUAUGGACACGGUGCACAAGGGACCGCACCCACAAUUCCCACCUGCCUUCAGUCCUAAUGCGAUGGUCUUUGGGUCUCUUGGCGCGCGGUGCCACGUUUGAGGUUCGUGGCUUGUUGAGAGAAGCCCCUGAGCACGAUGUUGCUGGCUGUUUGGGUCGUGGACAGCACCAGUCGACGGUGGACCAGUCGCUUCUCACGUUUGCCAGCCGUACAGAACCCCGAGGAGUUCUCAGCCUUGAUCCUCAUGAUCCCCGCCGUACAGUGCCAAUUUCGAAAUGUCAGUCAUGUGUUUGUUACGUGCGUGGUGGCACGCACCUGCAGUUUGGUACUUUGAUGGUAAAUAAUAAUAAUAAUGUAUGUUUGUAACGUGCUGCCGCACAGUAUUUGAUCACCCUAGAAGAGAGAGAACGACUCAGAGGCGCGAGGACCCACAGCCAAUUGGCCAAACUCUGCGGUCCUCUAUAUAUUCUAUAUAUUCAGGCGUUAUCGGCCAAUGAAUGAGUGCUUACAUGCGGGAGGAAACCAGAGCAGAGCAGAGAAAACCCGCACGUGUGAUGGGGAUACACUCCAUCUCAAACGGACUGGACAGUUAGAGUCCACACUUGUUCUGGACUGUGACCUGGCAAGUCAAGGUGUGUCACCCCGGGGUUUGUGGAUUCACCAAUGCUUGCCUCUGCCGUGCUGGAUUACAGGCGUGCAUAGCUACCACUGCCAUGCUCAUGUAUUAUUAGCAAAGUUAUCAAAUAUGAUGACUUUCUGGCGGACCAGGAGAUAUCAGUACACCAAAAGGAUUCAAGACCCCCAAUCUGUGUGAACCUUUGAGUGUUAUCCCGUGUGCCCAUUGGUUUUCGUGAGUACUCUGAAGUCCUCGUCCAUGUAAAAGUAUUUCUAAAAGAAAUUGCCAAACAUUCCAGCACAAGGUUCUCCUGAAAUAGUUAUCGAACUGAGUGUCAUGGUUUCCUUUAAAAAUAAUUGUCAUUAUUAAAAAUAAAAUUACCAAUAACAUACAAAACAAAACCUCACUCGAUAUUUUCUGGAACCAGUACAAAGUUGGUAUAUUCAUAAUAAUACUGCACGAUUGCCCCCUGUAUUCUUAGCAUUUAAUGGAAAGUUUUAUAAGCAUAAUGAGGACAAAGCGUGAGAAGAAAGUGGAGUGCCAAAAUAAUUCCUGGAACAGAAUUAUGGACUCUUCUGGCUGAAAUUGAUAUGUAUGUAUGUUGAUAUGUAAGUUAGGUUUAAAAAAAAACAUUUGCAAACACUGUCCAUAGUUUUGAGCUGAUAGUGAGGCUUUACUGGAACAAUUAUUGUAAUGAUUAACAAUUAAAUAAACGAGUGUUUAGGGAAACACUGAUAAUUUGAGAGCUGAAGCUCGGAGUAUCAAGAAAAAAAGUUGAGAAUCGAAUGUGUAAUAUAAAUGCAUUCAUACAAAUCUGUUUUAUUAGAUUCACAUUGGCUACGUUGGUUGUACGAAAUAAUCUAAGUAUGGACAUGCUCUUUGGUUCUAUUGGGUAACGUCACGUAGGUAAAAAAUAAAAUAACAAAAAUCACGACGUUUCGGCCACAACACAAGCGGCCUUCAUCAGGUGAAGGGACGAGACUGUC